UUGUUCUUGCCUGUGUGAAGGAGCGUGAGUGUAGAGACUUUCAGCCGGUCAGAAGUCAGUAAGUGAGUCAAAGAAUGAGAGGAAAUAAGUUUGAUCAGAGCACACAAGACUAAGCGCUAAAGAAGAGAAGCGAUCACGAAGAGGGGAAGAGGUCACGGUGACAGAGUUGAGGAUGAUGGCUGAGGGGCGUUUCGCCAGUCUGCCCCGGUCCCUCCAUGCACACCACCUGGUUGGAGGCCCUGCCCACCAUGGAGUGCCCGGCCCCUCCCUUGGGGCCCCGACCAACGGCAACUGCUCCUCCAGGAGGCUCCAGACAUCUCUUGCCAACUCCAUGGACCUCCUCAGCACCAAACCUGGUGUCCUUCCAGGGCAGAGCAGCGGCUCAUCAGAAAUUCCCGCCGCUUCCUACCAGCCAAUCUCAAUUCAUGGAACUCUGCCUCGCCGCAAAAGAGUCGGAGGCCAUGGGAACCACACAUGGGAUGCUAAAGCCAACCACAAACAGGCUUUACUUGGUGGGAACACAGUGCUGCCUCCCGGGCACAUCCAUCAACCUGCGACAUCUUCACUGGUCCAAAACAUGACUGACGACCUCCAUGGUUACAGGGACCCUUCAGCCGCUCUGGACGCCGUCGUCGACUAUGUCAAGUUCUCCAGAGAUCAGUUCAUCCUGGACUGCUCUUCAGAAAAGCUUCGCAGGGAGCUGGAGGAGGAGCUGAAGAUGAACUGUGAAGAGCCGAGAAGCCACGCAUGGUACCACGGAGCAAUUCCCAGACAGGUGGCGGAAAACCUGGUGCAGCGUGAUGGAGACUUCUUGAUCCGAGAUUCGCUGUCCAGCCCGGGAAACUACGUCCUGACCUGCCAAUGGCGAAACACGGCUCAGCACUUUAAAAUCAACAAGAAGGUCGUGAUGAUGAACGAAGCUUACUCGAGAGUUGAGUACCGGCUCGAAAGAGAAGGAUUCGACAGCAUCCCUGCACUCAUCAGAUACUAUGUUGGCAACAGGAAACCGGUCUCACAGGUGGUGGGUGCCAUCAUCUUCCAGCCGAUCAACAGAGCGCUGCCGCUGCGCUGCCUGGAGGAGAAGUACGCGCUGUCAGGCGGUCACCAAGACGAGUGGCGGGCCCAGAAACGCCUCAGCCUCAACAUAACCAACGGACACUUACAGGACAGCACGCAGGGAGUGCACGAUGGCACGCACUGCCAGGACAAUGGUCUGAUCCGAGGAAACCAGCUCAGGUUGAAGGAUCGCUGCGGCAGCCAGCCGACAAGUCUCAACCAGGUCCAGGAGCGGCGACGGCCACUCAAGGCUCACCAAUCAGACAGCUUCCUACCUCUGGGAUCCAGGUCGCAGCCCCAGCACUCUGACCCUGGGCCCAAGUCUCCGGUGUUCCGGACGGGCAGUGAGCCGGUGCUGAGCCCGUCCGUCCCCCGCAGAUCAGCAGAGCUUCUAGCAGGCCAGGCGAUCCGGGGCUCUGACAGCCAGCUGUGUCCUAAACCGCCUCCCAAGCCCAGUAAAGUGCCCCUGGCGCGACUGGCCCGCUCCCACUGCCUUCAGUCCUCCACGUCCUCCAACCUCUCACACACAUCCUCCACCUGCCCCAGCCUGGCUGCAUCUCCUCUGAGCUCCCCGUGUUUGGAAACCCCUGCUGCCUGCAGGAGUGCAGCCACCACUGGUCCUCCCGUUCCUCCGGCGAAGCCCCAGAAGUUCCAGCGGCAGCUCCCCCCAGCAGACAGCUCCUCCGGUUCGGCAGUAUCUCCCGCCCACGGCGCCCCUUCCCCCGAUCCAGAGGUGGUGGCAGGAUGGACGGAGCUGCUGCAGCCCAACCCCGCAGACCUGAGGUCCCGCAGCCCGCACGAGUUGUUGCAACCAGACUCAAUGAACUCCGUCACAGACCUACACCCUGAACGUCAUCCACCUCUCUGCAGCUACGUAGAGAGACUGAAGAAAGAAACAGAGAGAUGGAGAGAGGAGAAUGGAGAGAAAGAGGAGGGAGGACAGAGAGGUCUGGACAGAAGCUCCUACCAUCAUGCCAUUGCAGCCUUAGAAAACACCAGCGAUGAAGAGGAGGGCAAUGCCGCAGGGGAGGAGGAGGAGGAUAAGAAGAGGGACAAGGCCAAGUGUGGAUUUCAGCGGCCAGUCGUCGAGACGGAGUCCAUGUUCAGGCCGGCGGAGUUUGGAUCCCGACUUCUGCCUCCGGAAAACAAACCGCUGGAGAUGAUUGUUCUGAAGAGAGCAAAGGAGCUGCUUCUCAGCCACAAUCACCAGAGUAUAGCCAGACACCUGCUGAUGGCUGACUGCCAGGUUGUGAGAAUCCUCGGAGUGACUGCAGAGCUCAAAGGCCAGAUGGGCGUUUCCUCCGGCCUGGAGCUGGUGACGCUGCCUCACGGCCGGCAGCUGCGGCUGGACCUGAUGGAGAGGCAUCACACCAUGGCGAUCGGCGUUGCUGUGGAUAUUCUGGGAUGCACAGGCAGCGUAGAGGAGCGAGCGUCCACCUUGAAUCGCAUAAUUCUCGUAGCCAUGGAGCUGAAGGACGCGGUGGGUGACCUGUUCGCCUUCACGGCCAUGAUGAAAGCUCUGGACCUGCCGCAGAUCAGUCGUUUGGAGGAAACUUGGACGGCUCUGCGAAGGAACUUCACACAGACUGCCAUCAGCUACGAGAAAGUCCUCAAACCUUUCUACAAGAACCUGUAUGAAGGCACAGCCGCCUCUCCUGCAGUGGUCUGCGUCCCGCUCCUGCUUCCUCUCCUCACCCUGAUGGAGCGUCCGUCCAUCACACCUGAGGGGGCGGAGCUCUGGGAGACCAGCGACCAGGGAUGCGACAUCAUGCUGCACCACCUGGAGGCUGCACGCGACGUUGCUCACAACACACAGAGCUACACAACGCACGCACAGAAGAUCUUAAAUGGUUUUCACUGCGAUGAAGACCUGCUCGAAGUGUUUAAGACUGACUUCCAACUGCGGCUGCUGUGGGGAAGCCGCGGAGCGGCGGUCAACCAAUCAGAUCGCUACAACAAAUUCAACCUCAUCCUCACGGCGUUGUCACGGAAACUAGAGCCGCCACCUAAUGUGCAAACCUUAAUCUGAGCAAAUACAAAUGCAACAUUGGACUUGGUGCGCAGCAAAGAGACAUGGGGUUGAUCAGAAACCAGAGAGGAACGCUCUGAUCAGCAAGGCAGGAAGUUGGGGUUCGUGCCGGCAGCACUGCGUGAGCAACUCACAGAGCUCUUUAUGGUAGUGGGACAUACUGUAGUUCCUGGCAAGUAAAAGUCUCAACCGGUGAGAAAAGACCUGGUCAGAGAUCUUUCCAGAGAGGAGUCCCUCUCUCUGGCCUGCUGUAGAACGUGAGUCCAGGUCUUGCUGCCAAGGUUACUUUUUAAUUAUGUAGCUCCAUAUUACACUGUCUGCACAGCAUGUAUCACAGUUACAGGUCACACAGAAUAUGCUGCUCAUACAUAUAAAAAAACAAAAAAAAAGUUGUAGCUGAAAUGGUUGUGCUUAACUUACCAGGUCAGGUUUUUUCAUGAAUUAAUCACCAUUUAACAUUUCUUAGAUCAGAAGACGCAGGCCAUACAUCUUUCAGCUACCUAAGGGGAUUAAAAAGAAUCUGCCUUUAACACGACUAAAAUAAUGUCUCCUGUCAAACUGAGAGCAGACAGCAGAGUCUUCAAGGGACGUGCCGAUCCAGAAAUGUAAUUUUUAACAGGACAUGUGUGGCCCUUCCAGGGACUCUCCAAACAGAAAUAAUGCUGUUUAAUAAUAUUAUAAAUGACUGAAGUGUUGUCUACUAUAAUAAAAAAGCACCAUUUCCUCAGAUAGUCAGAAUAAAAGAAUUCAUAAGUCACCAUUACAUUUACACAGCAGCAGAAAUCAGGCACAAACUUUCUGCACCUAUGAAUAUAUUUUAUUUUUAUUGACACAAAAAUAAAUAUGAAUAAAAUGUAUUAAGUGAGACUGAAGCUGUACAUAUUUAAAGCAUGUUAAUAAUUGACUGUACAUAGUUUCUGUAGAAUGUAAAAAAAAGAUGUUGAAUUUUUAUGUUUAUAUUGUGAACUUCUGUGAUCAGAUUUAAUAAA